UAAUAUUGAUAUACUUUGAAUAUGGCGUGUGCAUUCAGUUUCUCCAAACGUAUUUUAUUACGUAGAUGUUCAUAUUCUGUUCUUUAUCAGAAUUGGCAUGGUCUUCAUGGUAAGGUAGCUCUGGUAACUGGUUCAACAAGUGGUAUUGGUAGAGGUAUUGCUGAAGGAUUAGCUAGUCGAGGAUGUAACAUUAUUCUAAAUGGAUUUGGUGCUCCUAAUGAGAUUAAAGAUUUAGAGGCAGAUAUCAUAAAAAAAUAUGACACUAAAGUUCAUCAUUUCCAAGGAGACUUGUCUAGAAGUAAUGAUGUCCAACGAUUGAUAGAUGAUGCUUUUAAAAUAUACCCGGGUGGUGUUGAUAUACUUAUUAAUAAUGCAGGUCUUCAAUACGUGUCUCCCGUGGAAUCAUUCCCUGCUGAAAAAUGGAAUUUACUUCUCAGUAUUAUGUUAACAGCACCUUUCCUACUUACUCAAAGAUGUAUACCAACAAUGAAAUCUAAAGGCUGGGGAAGAAUCAUCAACAUAUCUUCUGCUCACGGUUUAGUAGCAUCACCAUAUAAGGCAGCUUACGUUUCGGCUAAACACGGAAUAAUGGGACUAACAAAGGUUGUUGCUCUGGAAAUGGCUGGCAGUGGAAUAACCUGUAAUACAGUCUGUCCGGGUUAUGUUGAAACACCACUGUUUAUCAAUCAAGCAAAAGACAAGGCUGUUGAAAAGGGUAUAUCAGUGGAUGAUGCCAAGAAAGAUAUAGUCAAAGUCCAUCCUUCUGGAGAACCAGUAAAAGUUGAAGAGAUCAGUGAAACAGUGUGUUUUCUGUGUUCAUCAUCAGCCAAUCAAAUCACAGGAACUAAUAUAACAAUGGAUGGAGGUUGGACAGCAAACUAGUCAACAAAUUCAUGUAGAUUGUAAAUGGUGACGAUAUGUGCAGCUUUUAAGUGAAACGUCUGAAAGUCAUAUUGAUAGAAAGGAUAUCCAUCAUUCCUAUGAAAUGAAAAGUGCUUUGUACUAACAAUAAAGAUGAUUGGAAUACUAAACUUAUCAAAAGUUAUGUUUUCAGAAAACUGGCCCUAGACUACACUGCUGCAAGAUAAAAUAUUUUGUAUUGUACUUAAUCCUUUAGCUACAUAAGUGGAAGAGAUCACAUUAAUGGAACACAAUUUUAUGAUAUACUACUCCUGAGAUGAGAUCAAUGUAAAUAGUUAAAGUGUCUGUACAGUAAAAGAUUAUUAUAUACCAUAAACUUGCGUUCCAUUAUCUAAUCCAAUCUAAGACACAUUUUCUUAUGAAUGAUCCAGCGAAAGGGUGUAUAUAAAUUAUAGAAAACAAUGUUUUAUAUUAAAUGUUUGGAGCUAUUUAUAGAUAUUUUAUAACUAUAUAUGCAUGAUUAAUAUACAAAACGUAACAAAAUAUACAAUAAAUAAAUGAACAGUAACAAUAAGGACGGAGUUAAUCUAUUUUAAAGACCCAAAAAUUAAGUCAAUUUCUUGAAUAUCCUGCAUCUAACUUUGAAGGAAGAAGGCACAAUGUCAAUCUUAUUGUUAUUGGAUUUCUAUUUAGGAGACACCAUCGUAUUGAAAUCAGAAGUAUAUCACAGUAUAGCAGAAUGAUCUUGUGGACUUGAUUAACCAUUCAUCUUUAUAACAAUCUACGUAAAAAUCUAACAACAGUGUCUAAAGACCUGGAUAAUAUUUUCUACAGAAUCGUUGGCUACAAAUGUUAUUAACCUCUCAAAUAAGGAAGAAGACAUCAAUAAUGGGCAACACCAGAAGAUAUCAAAUUUGUAGAUGGCAUGAGACAGCCACUCAAAUCACUGAUGACCUUUAGGAAAAUGGCACAGAAGAUAUUUUGCAUAUUUAAGUGAUCCAAUAACAUCCCCUUCCAAUCAUAUGUAUAGUAAUAUAUAACAGAAUGAACACGUGCACUCUCCAAAUUAUUCAUCUUUAUCAUAUUUAUAAUUCUGAUGAUAUGGAUCUUCUAUUUGGUCUAAUUCUGUAAAUUGUCGAAGGUGGAAUUUAGUCACUUGAUAAUUCACCAUGAUUCUAAUAGCAAAAUAUCCACAGAUAACUUCAAACACUAUAAAUAAUGCUUUAAUGAUAUGUACUGCUCUCUCUAAUGGCAGAAUAAUAGAAUCCUCAUUUAACAACAAGAAAAAUAUCAAAGGAAACUGUAAUAAUAAUGUUAAUAACCAAAAUCCUGCUAACUCUGGAACCCUCUCCAUAAGGUUACCCACAUAACCUAAAUAUAACCUUAUAACCUCUAUAAUUGUAUAUACACCAUAGGUAGCUAUUAAUAUUAUCUUAUAUAAAAUAUCUAAUGACUCAAACUUUGCUUCUAAAACUACCAUACUUGUAAUAAACCAAACAGGUGAGAAAAAAACAUUAAAAUAUAAAGCCAUUUGAAGUGGAAGAUUCGUAACGUAAUCAUUUCCGGAAUUCAGAAUCUCCUGACGUUGUGGAUCUUUGCCUGUUUUGUUCACUGGAAACAAGAGAUCAGUGACAGAUGUCAUAGUUUUCCUAAAAGUUGCGUCCAUCUUGUUUAUUGACA